AUGCUUCACAUUCCUGCAUUUUUUUCUUUCUUUCACUGUUUUGGUGAUUCCACGGCUCUGAAUGUCUGGGAGACCCUGCUGCCAGGGCAACGACACAAGGAAGAGGAGGGGCUGGAGGAUCUUGCAGAGGAGGCUUUGGAAUCAGGUGACAUGCUCCGUUUGGCUGAGCUGCCGGGAGCGUUUAGGAUAUACAGGGCCUGUCCUGAGUCCAGGGAACAGUGCCGGUCUGCCAUUUCUCUCCUGUACGAAUUAUACACAUCUCAUCAACAAGAAAGGGACACACUGACAGUCCUAGGCGAGAGGCUGGACAGGGACAGCCUGAGACUAAUGUGUCUGCACAUCAGGUUGGCAACUCUUAGAGCGCAGAGAGCAAAAAUGUCCUACAGUGCUCUUCUGGCAGCCCGACAAUCCUGGGAGACAUGGCCACAUGUUAACAGUCCAUGCAGAGCAGAGCAGGCUGUUUUGUGGCUACAGGGUGAAGAAGAAGAGCUAAUGAAGUACUCUGUCUCAGUAUCACCACAGCAGGCACUGCUGCAGUUGCUGGUGCUGACUCAUGAGCAGGAGAGGCAGCACCUGGUCCAGUUGGUACAUGGGGUCUCCAUAGAGGAUCUGCAGUGGCCAGGCUGCACUGUGCCUUCAAAAGAGGGAGAUGACCAUAAACAGGCGUCUUUAAGGGACGUCUGUAUAAAAAGGCUGAGACAAAUCCAUGCCAGCCUGCAGACACAUGGUGAGACUCAGAUCCACUUAGAGCAAACUUACCCUCAGCUACAACCCCAGCCCCAAAUGCAGGCCCACAUAGGCAGCACACUGGCUGAAUGGUCCCAACACCAGCUGGAAGAUUGUGCUCUGCUCCUCUUGACCCAUCUGCUGGAGCUCCAGGAGGUCCAAGCUUCUGCAUUACUGCCAGCGCUGAUGAACGAGAGUACACAGCAUCUCCAAGCUCUGCGAGAUGAGUAUGAAUCUGAACUUCAAGCAAAGCAUUACACCAACCUGCUCCAACUCCUAAUCUCAGAUGCCCCUUUUACCUCAGGCUCUAUACUAAUUCCUAAUACAAACAAGGCACAAAGCAGUAGCAAAGAGCAAAUCCCAGCUGAGUCCUGCUGCAGUGGGCCCAUUGAGGCCCAAAACAUCAGUGAUAAGCCACCUGGAGCUCUGACUGUUGUUUCAGUCAGAAGGGCCAACAGAGAACUACAUGGAGUCCAAGCUGAAGAUGGGACUAACACACAGGAUGUCUGCACAGGUUGUGGAGCAACAAUGGAGGAUCUGCCCUACUUGGAGAUCUUGUGUGUGUCAGAUACAACAAGUAAUACUCACGAGCCCUUCGCUGCAAAGGGGGGAGCAAAGGAUGAGGAAGAGGACAGAGCAACAAAGAGCCCCCAGAGUUAUGAGAAACAGGGCUCACUGAUUGCCCUUGCUUGGAGCAAACCACCAGAGGAUGACACUGACUACGAGACAGAGGCUGCAGACAGAGACACAGCACAGAGCCAAGAUGGUGAGAGCAGUCUGCAGACCAGAGAUAUGUGCAGCACAGCUGAACACUCACAGUGUGAGGAGACUGCUGCAGAAAGCCACGAUGAAGAGUUGAAACCCACUCUGUUCCAGUCUGGUUCCACAGGCCACCCUGACCAACAGUCUCAGCAGUGCAGCGCAGUAGAACAGUUGACCUUGGAGGAGAAGCCAAUACCGACCCUGCAGGUUGUACAACCACAUCUCUUGGUUGACUCUCUUGACAUUAAACAGCAUGCCAAUGACCUCUGUUCUGGAGCAUCUAAUGAGACAUCCAAUGGGGUAGAAGUGGUUGAGGUGGAAAUGUGUCCCACUGCAUCAGAGUCACAGCUGUGGGAUCUGGGAGGGCCUGAACCUGCUCACCCUGAGGACCAGAAAUAUACCUCGCAAGCCACAGCAGACUGUAGCCUCGCAGAGAGGAAGACAAUGAGGGAAUCCACACUGAUGGAGAGAGAGAGAGCAAGAGAACCACUGUCAGCAAUGGAGAGAGAGAGAACGAUGCGCAACCUGGUGGACAUGCAAAGAAAGGUCGAACAGAGGCAGCAGAGAGACAGAGAGAGACAACUGCUGAGGGUUCAAGAACGUCUGUCGAUCAUCCAGAACAGGAAGGCAGAGGAAGAUCUGCUUGGCCUUAAACACACAGACAGGCUAAGACACCUCACACAUGAUCUACCACAGGAGGACAAGAACCAGCAGAAGACAGUUGUCAGAGAGCGACUGGAGCAGCUAAGAAGAGAGCGCUCUUAUGUCAUGCAGUCCAAAAGAGACAGAAAUACUGCAGGAUUCAAGGAACUCCUGGGUCCAGUAACCCUCCACAGCAGAGAAACAGACGACGGAGAGGUCUGAGAUACUAGAGCUGCUUAAAAUUCUUGUCGAGUAAAAGAGGAAUUUUUAGUUAUUUCCAUAUUCAUGAAGGUUGCUGACACUAAUAAACUUCCCAUCACUAAGUAGCACAACAAAUAUAUGGUUCUCUAAUGAUUCAAACUGUAUCAAUCAUUGGUAACAUGCUGUUGUGUGUAAUGCUAUAGAUAUUGUGAGUGGUGGCCUUCCUGUUUGAUGUCAUAUAGAACAUAAAUAUAUCUCAAAAUGCAGAUUGUUUAUAUGAAAAAAAAGAUCUCAACAAACUUAUGGUGACUGUUUAUUAUACAGUUUAAUUAUCAUCUUGACAAACAUAAGCAUCAACAGUAAUAUCAUUUAUCAAUGACCCCUUUUAUUUGUGUACACAUUAUCCCCGUGGCCUAAAUUACAUACACAAUGAGUCGCAAAGGUGCAUGUUAAUAGUCUACACAAGUUCCAUCAUCUCUCCUUAUAUAGACAUUGUUGGUCAUUAUGUUGUGACUACAGGAAGGACACUGAUGUAGACUUUGAUUGCACCUAUGGACUGGGGUUGUAUUUACAGGAUGUGAGUACUGUAACAUGUCAAAGGACGAAAGCUUUGCUAACAACUCUAUGAUGGGGAGAUAUGUAUAAUACAGAGGGUUGGGUGUGG